GGGAUGAAGCCCCGUUCCCCGAUUUCUGGCAUGGCUCAUUGCUGCGGCAGGCGAAGGGUUUUCCUCCUCCCAUCACGGCGGGGGCAUCUCCGGCACAACCCUCCGGGGCCGGCAGCAGCGCCGCAGCCCCCCCAGCUCCGGCUUCUCCCUGGCACAAAGGACACCAUGGUCCCAUGGGGACCCAGCUGGUGCCUGCUAGUGGGGCUCUGCACCCUCGUCCCCUCCGCCACCACACAGUGGGGACCAGAAGAGGACGUGACCGCCAGCAUUGGGCUGGAGGAGUUGGGGUACCACCUCUCCCAGGAUGGGGACCCCCUCCAGGACCCCCAGCGCUGCGGCAUCACCUUCCACACCCCCAGCCCUUGCAGCCCCCGUGGGCCACCAGCCUUUGCCUUUCGCAAUGAGCUGGAUCAUCUCAAGAACCUCUUGCAGGACACCAAGGCCAGCCUGAAGGAUGUGGAGAGGGCAGCCAUGCUGGAGGAGAAUCAGACCCGCUACCAGGACAUCAUCACCGAGGCGCUGCCUGCCAUCCAUGAGGCCAACCUGGAAUUCCAGGAAAGCCUGGAUAAUGUCCGCAAGGAGCUGGAGGCUCAUGUGGCCGAGGCUGGUCACCCACGGACGGCUGAGAAGAAGGAGAAGCUGCGGAAGGGUGUCCGUGUGGUGGCACACAUGCUGCGUCUCACCGGGCGCCUGGCCCAGACCCUCGAUGAUGCCUCGCAACGCCUCGACGCUGAGCUGAGCCAGCGCCUGCAGAGCUCGGCUGCCCAAGCCACCGUCACCGAGCCCUAGGACAGCGGCGACGGGGUCCACCGUCACCCUGCGUAUGGCCUUGCUUGCUGGUAGGACCCCAACCCGGCUCAUCUCCAUGGCUUCUGGGGUGUCCUGGCUCUUCUCCGCAGCACCAGGGUCUGAGACGUUGCCUGGUAUGUUUGCAGAAUGGUCUGGGUGCUGGAGCCGGCAGCGCUGGGACGGGACAGGAGGCUGCUGCCUGCUGCGGGAUGUUUUGCACAUAAAACGCCACUGCAUAUGUGAUACCCGUAACCCAAGCACUGGGUGUUCAUAGAAUCAUUGAACCACAGAAUGAUUUGGGUUGGAAGGAGGAGCUUAAAGCUCCUCCAUUUCCAACCCCCUGCCAUGGGCAGGGACACCUUCCACUAGAGCAGGUUGCUCCAAGCCCCUGUGUCCAACCUGGCCUUGAACACUGCCAGGGAUGGGGCAGCCACAGCUCCUCUGGGCAACCUGUGCCAGGGCCUCAGCACCCUCACAGGGAAGAACUUCUGCCUAAGAUCUCAUCUCAAUCUCCCCUCUGCCCGUUUAAAGCCAUUCCCCCUUGUCCUGUCCCUACAGGCCCUUGUCAAAAGCCCCUCUCCAGCUUUCUUGUUGGCCCCUUUAGGCACUGGAAGCUGCUCUAAGGUCUCUGUGGAGCCUUCUCUUCCCCAGGCUGAACAAGCCCAGCUCUCUCAGUCUGUCUCCAUAGCAGAGGUGCUCCAGCCCUCGGAGCAUCUUCGUGGCCUCCUCUGGACUCACUCCAACAGCUCCAUGUCCUUCUUAUGUUUGGGCCCCAGAGAUGGACUCAGUACUGCAGGGUGGGGAGUCUCACCAUGUUGGAUGCAAUUAUCCUGCAGCAGCUCUGCCAUCAUAUCGUAGAGCCUGGUGCCAUGGCAUGUGCCCAGCCCUGUGCCUGGGGGAAAACCCCUAUGCGGCAGCUCCUUCCCAUCCCCAACAGACCUCUGCACCCCUUUGUUCCUCCCUGGAAGAGCUUUAUCCACACAGGCUCCCUUUUUUCUCAGCUAGACAGCCACACAUACGAACAGCUACACCAUCACACCCAGAUCCUUGCCUGAACCUCCUGGGGCUCCCCAGAGGGUAUUAUACACUAACCGCAGCUCUUUGGGGCUUGAUGGCAUCUCACCAAUGGUCCAGCAGCAUCACUGGUGUGGGCAGAGCCCUGGUUAAUCCUUCACCUUUGCGAGCAUCUUGUCCAGGCUUGGAAGAGCCUUUUUGCCCCUGGGGUGGUAAUGGUGGAGCUGCAGGGAGGGCGCGAGAGUAGCUGGAGAUGAAGCGCCGGGCAAUAAAUCAAAGCUGGCAACUCGAGUGCUCCCAACCCACUGAGGUUUGGGCAAGCGGGAAAGCAGCUGGAGGCAGAAAAUCCUCCCCUUACACCCUGUGUUUGUAAGCACAGAGGUUCCUCCAGGAGGAAUGGCCAGAGCCACCCUGGCACACUGGGCUCGGGGCACCCCACUACCCCCAUGGUGCACCCUAAGGAUGGGCAAGAGGCAGAACCCCCCCUCCCCCAGGUAGCAGCACUUCUGCAGGAGCUGCAGGCAACAAA